AUGCUGGACCUGGAGCCCUUGGAUCCAGUACCACUCGAGCCAACCGAGGAUGCCUUCAUUAACAGCAAGGAUAUGGUGACAAGGACCUAUUCUCGACAUCUCUCCCCUACACUCCUCCAUUGGGAAGAAUGUCUCCUAGCAUGGUCUCUGGAAAUCACCAAGUUGACAGGUCCUGACUAUAGGAGGCUUGGACACUUUUAUGCCCCCAGAUCAGGAAAUUUCCAUCAGGAUAUGGGGCCAGUCAUGAUUAUUAUCGCUGCUCGAGAGAGCUACCACGACUGUGUGCUGCUUUUCCUGUCUCGGGGCGCAGAUCCAGAGUUACGGAACAAAGAAGGAGAUACGGCAUGGGACCUGACCCCUGAGCGUUCAGAUGUCUGGGUGGCCCUGCAACUCAACCAAAAGCUUCGCCUCGGUGUGGGUAACCGAAUACUACGGACAGAAAAGAUCAUUUGCAGAGAUGUAGCUCGGGGUUAUGAGAACGUGCCAAUCCCCUGUGUCAAUGGGGUGGAUGGGGAGCCAUGCCCGGAAGAUUACAAAUACAUUUCUGAGAACUGUGAAACUUCAAUUAUGAAUAUUGACCGAAACAUCACCCACCUGCAGCACUGCACCUGCGUGGAUGACUGCUCGAGCUCCAACUGUCUCUGUGGCCAGCUAAGUAUACGGUGCUGGUACGACAAGGAUGGACGUCUGCUUCAGGAGUUUAAUAAGAUUGAGCCUCCCCUGAUCUUUGAAUGUAACCAGGCCUGCGCCUGUUGGAGAAGCUGCAAGAAUCGAGUGGUACAGAGUGGUAUCAAGGUUCGGCUACAGCUCUACCGUACUGCCAAGAUGGGUUGGGGCGUGCGUGCACUGCAGACCAUUCCCCAGGGUACCUUCAUCUGCGAGUAUGUUGGGGAACUGAUCUCAGAUGCCGAGGCAGAUGUUCGAGAAGAUGACUCUUACCUCUUUGACCUGGACAAUAAAGAUGGAGAGGUAUACUGCAUCGAUGCCCGAUACUACGGCAACAUCAGUCGCUUUAUCAAUCAUUUGUGUGACCCUAACAUCAUCCCCGUUCGAGUCUUCAUGCUGCACCAAGACCUCAGGUUCCCCCGAAUUGCCUUCUUCAGUUCUCGAGACAUCCGGACCGGCGAGGAGCUAGGGUUUGACUAUGGCGACCGGUUCUGGGACAUUAAGAGCAAAUAUUUCACCUGUCAGUGUGGCUCUGAAAAGUGCAAGCACUCAGCCGAAGCCAUCGCCCUGGAGCAGAGCCGCCUGGCCCGCCUGGAUCCCCACCCAGAACUGAUUGCUGACCUUGGGUCCUUACCCUCCCUCAGUUCCUGACCCCAGAUCCAGUGACUUCUGGGGGGCUUCUCCAGAGAGUUUCUUCUCCUGGGAAUUGUUCUCACCCCUCAGAGCUCGCUGCCUUUUUCCUGCCCACACACUGUCCCAAGCCAUUCCUGUUCAUUUGUGUCACCUGUUUUGAAACUGGGAUACUCUUCCCUAUCACCAAUAGUUGGGUUUGGGGAGAAGGUAUCCUGUUCUGCCAUAAUGAUUGAUUCCCAGACCCAGUUCCCCACUUUGGGACAAAAGUGACCUCCUUUGUGUUCCCCACUCCCCAUCAGAGAAGGACGCGCGUGCGCGCGCGCACACACACACGCACACACACCCAUCACACACACACACACCCAUCACACACAUACACCUGAAGUUAGAAUUGGAUUAAAGAAAGCGCAUCUUUGGGUAUCUGAACACCCAGCUGGGGUAUGU